CUGUCGCCUGACCCGGGCGGGGCAGGGGCGGCGCAGGCGUGGCUGGGCUCGGUGAGGCUCGGUGGAGGUAGAGGCGUCUGGCUCGAGCUUUAAAACAGGGGAAAUAUGAUUCAGCAGUUUCCAGAAGUGGGUUAUAGUUUGCAGUAAUGGAACAGCUGGAGGAUCCAGUUACACAAGAAGAUGCAAAUAUUAAAGCCAUUAAUGAAGAGUACAGGAAAGCCUUUAUUUUUAUCAAUAAAGGUCUGAGUACAGAUGAAUUGGGUCAGAAGGAAGAGGCAAGAAGUUACUAUAAGCAAGGGCUUGACCACUUGCUCCGAGGAGUUAGCAUUCCAUCAGAGGGUCCUGCGUGUGUAGGGUCCCAGUGGGAGUCUGCCAGGCAAAUGCAGCAGAAGAUGAGGGAGACCCUGCAAAAUGUUCGUGCUCGACUUGGCAUUCUAGAACAAAACACCCCGCCAAUAGAAGCAAGUCCUGCUAUGAUGGAUACCCGUCCUGCGGUGCCCAAGUUGUACCCAUCCAUUCCUUCCAAAGAAAAGCCGGAAAGACCCCCUGCCCCUCGUUCUCUGUUUGUAGCAAGUCAGCCACCUGCAGCAGAUGGAGAUGUUGCAGUGAUAGGUCAGGGGCAAAUCCCAGCUAUGAGUCCAUCAUCUGCAAAACCUCUUUGUCUGCCAAACGAAGCACCCCCUGCCUAUACUCCUCAAGCUACCAAUGGCCACUUUACUGUGUCUUACGGCACAGACUCAGGGGAGUUUUCUUCUGUGAGUGAGGACUACUACAACAAUAAGUGUAGUCAGCCACCUCCUUUGGAAAACCUGGGAGUGGAUGCAGAUGAGCUUAUCCUGAUUCCCCAAGGAGUGCAGAUAUUUUUUGUGACUCCUGAUGGGCAGGUUAGUGCUCCUUCAUAUCCUGGAUAUCUGCGUAUCGUGAAGUUCUUGGAUACACAAAGUGAAGCUGCUCGGAAUCRUCCGCCUGCCUUUCUUCAGGUCUGUGACUGGUUGUAUCCUCUGAUGUGUAACCAGUCUCCUGUUCUGUGCUGCAGUACUGGGGUCUACAUGUUCCCUGACACAAUGUCCCAGAUACCAGGGUCCUACGUAGGAGUAGUGCUGUCUUCAGAACUUCCCGCAGCUGACAGAGAGCUGUUCGAGGAUCUCUUGAAACAGAUGUCUGACCUACGAAUCCAGGUGCCAGGAUCCCUUGAGAGAGUAGGGGUAUUUUCAGAGCUCCCAGCAGCUGAGAGGGCACAUUUUGAAGAUAAAUUUAAACAGAAGUCUGGCCACAAAGUCCAGCCUUCAGAAGCCUGCAGUGAUACAGUUCACUUGCCUCAGACUGUCCAUUUGCAGCCACAACCUGAAGAAGCAGAAGAUCAGAAAGAGUUACCAGAAUGGAGUGAGAAAGUUGCCCAUGGAAUCUUGUCAGGUGCAUCUUGGGUAAGCUGGGGCCUAAUGAAAGGAGCAGAAUACACUGGUAAAGCUAUUCACAAAGGAGCUUCUAAACUGCGAGAGCACAUUCAGCCAGAAGAAAAGCCUGUGGAAGUCAACCCAACUGUAGCAAAGAGUCUUCAUGUAGCAAAACAGGCCACUGGAGGAGCUGUGAAAGUCAGCCAAUUAUUAGUUGAAGGGGUGUGUUCUAUAGCAAGCUGUGUUGGAAAGGAGCUGGCUCCACAUGUGAAGAAGCAUGGCAGCAAAUUAGUUCCAGAAUCCCUUAAGAAAGAUAAAGAUGGCAAAUCUACUUUUGAUGGUGCUCUGGUUGUAGCAGCAAGUGGAGUUCAAGGGCUUUCAACAGUGUGGCAAGGUUUAGAAAGUGCAGCGAAGUGCAUUGCUAAAAGUGUUUCAACUGAGACUGUAAAAACCGUCAAAUACAAGUAUGGAGAGGAUGCUGGCCAUGCUACUGACGAUGCUGUGAAUUCUGCAAUCAAUGUUGGUGUGGCAGCAUUUAACAUUGAAAAUAUCGGUAUCAAAUCUGUUGUAAAGAGAACUGCAAAGGAAACCGGCCAUGCUGUGCUAGAUGAAUACAAAGUAUUGGAUCAUGAGAAGAAGGGCAAAAAGUGAAAGCAAUUAAAUAUUUUUCAAAGCCGUACAUUAGAGAUGAAACUUCCUAUUUAGAAGUAACUACAUUGCUCAUCUGAGUUUGAACAUGUCACACUGUACUGUUCAAGCAACUGUUACUUCUGCAUUUUCAUGUCAAAUUAAGUAGGGAGAGCAUUCAUAGGAGAAAAAAUGAAAGUUGUCAGCUCCUUGUUCUGUACUGAACAARGGGUUAUAACAACUGGAUCAGGGUUUUAGGCAACAGGAACGAUAUCAGUUUGCAGUUCAUAUACUUGCCUCUUUAAGCACUUUUUCAAAAUAAUAUAUGGAAUAAUAGAUUAAUAUAAAAAUACUACUGUGAAUAUUUUUGUAGCAACUUAUAUUUAUAAAGAGGGUGGUGUAACAGAAAAACUAAGAUUAAUAACUGUGGAACAAGGAAAAUUAGGAGUUUUGGCUUUAUAACUAUCCUUAAGAGUUAGUUUUACUAACCCAGCCUUGUCUUAUUUAGUAUGCACUACUAAAAUAAUUAUUGCAUUUAAUUGUUUUAUAUAGAAUUUCUCUUUUCACCUACAAAAUGGCUGAUCUUAUCCAAAGUUCAUGUUAGGAGAAAUGAAAGAUGAACCUCAGGUAACUAGGUAGCCAUUCCCUUUCAGACUUUUUUUCUCAUCCAGCAUAUAAGUAAACCAAAGAUACUAAGCAUCUCUUCUAAAAGAGGGUAUAUACAGGUCUAGAAAAAUGCAGUUUCCAGUUGACUCCGUAAGGAAUAUACAAAGCUGCUUUGAAAUUCAUGUUUUUAUUAGAGAGGAUAAGUAUGCUUUUGCAUAAAUUAUUUUUCUGUGGCAAUACUCUGUAGGGGGCACUGGGAAAUUCUAUGCCUUCUGUACUUUUUAGCCAAUGAUAAGAAAGAUCAGACCAGAAGGAUUCAGAUUAUUUAUCAUGGACUCCUAAUGGGAGACUCAUAGUGUUUGAACAAAUAGUUCUAAUGGUCCUUGUCUUUAUUCCAUUAAAUUCAUAGUUGCAAAAGGGUGUGAACUCUUUAAAAAGAAUAUGAAGAAAAACCCUUUUAAUGAAGAGUGGUGUAGAAUAGACACAACUGUGUAGAUUUGCCAUCAUGUUUGUACCACAGUGUAAAAUAACUCAGUAUGUCAAAUCCUUGAGAUGCUUUGACACUGCUACUUAUUUAACACUUCACUAUUGAGUUUUAAAGCUGCUGCACAUUCUAAUAUUGGCUGGACCUGUAACAGACAGAAUGCCAGCAACUCAGAACUUACCUCCAUUUCAUGCAAAUGGAGAAAAUAACUAUAAACUGUUGCUGGCAAAGUGAUAUAUGUAGAAGAUUGAAAGAAUUCAGUAACAACUAUAGUCUCUUAGAAUGGUAAUAGAUGCAUAUUUUGUGGAAGCUACUGCAGGGCUGUGCUUAAGGUGAGAAAUGUGAAAGGAUCUAACCACUUGAAGUGUAACUUUGAUUUAUGGAAAUAAAGAUAAAAUUGGUUAAUCUGUGUUUGAUCUUUUUUAUAUGAAGCUCCUAUAUGGAUCUGCGAGUGGAAAAACUAGAACCUCUUCAGAAGUUAUAAAGUAGAAGUAUUGGAUUAUGUCUACAGUAUAAACAAGCUCAUCAACUAGAGCCUAAACUAUUUCAAACUAAAAAGGUCCACCCAAAGUACACUGCAACAAUUUCUGUUACUAUACAUUCACCAGCUUGUGUAACCAGUUAAAGAUUGCUAAAGACUUCAUACUAGCAAAAGCAUUUUUGUUGCUAUGAACUGUAUUUAAAAUAGGGAUGUAUGCAUUUGUGUACUCCUCCCUCCCAUUUCAGGUUUUGCAUAUAGCUCAUAACCUUUUAGGUUCCUCUAUAAGCCAUCAAAACAAAAAGUUGUGUUAAAACAACAGUUAGAUCAAGGUGUUACAGUCUUCAAGAGACGAAGCUGGAGCACACUGAGGAAAAAAAAGUACCAUCGGUAUCAGGCAAGUAGUGGUGUCCUGCUUAAUCAGCAGUUAAGGUUAUUAGCUCACUAGUGAUACUUCAGUCAAGCAGUUGUACUUCUGAUCACCCCACUUUAAGCCUGAUAGCACAACCAGUUUUCCAGCAUCCUUAUGACCCAGUUAUCCCAUCUAGAAUUCACCCAUUUGGCUAUAAAAGUACUGUGGGAGACUACAUCAAGUCCUUGGUAAAGGCAGAAUAUACAAUAUCCACAAGUUUCCCCUUGCUUACACAGCCAUUCAUCAAACCUUAAUUACUGCUAAAUGCUACAGAAAUAACUACUUUGUAAAAAUUAAUUUAUGCCUUCAGCAACUAGUCUACCUUAUUUUUAAAUAACUCUAGCUGUUUAAUGCCUUC